ACAAGCUGACAAGCACUUCGGUCUGCAGAGCAAGAAUCAAGCCGGUUUGUUUUGCACAUUAAAGGAGAUUUUAUGCACUGAUAUAUCGACGAUGGAUAUCGGUAGCAGUGAGAUGAGUCAAAAGAUAAGGUCUGCAAUAAAGGCCAAGCUUGUUGAUCUAGGAUCUUAUGUGGAUGAUGAACUACCAGAUUAUAUCAUGGUGAUGGUUGCGAACAAGAAAACAGAGGCCCAGAUGACGGAUGACUUGUCCCUGUUUCUUGGAAACAAUACAUUGAUUUUCACGUCCUGGUUGCACACUGUCCUCACUAAGCUCUCACAGCCAGCUUCGGAACCAAAGCCAAAGAAAGUCAAGGAAAGCACCACCAAAACCAAAAAGAUUAAAGAGAAGAAAGUAGCGGGAGCAUCAGGAGCACAUCAAAAGCAAACCAAGGGUAUUGAUCCACAGCCAGGUAAACCAGGUCAUUCCGUAGAGACGACCAUGAUAAUGCCCCCAACCGCAUCGAUGCCUUCAUUUGCUGCUGCGAAAGGAACUAAGCCGGAACCCACCCAAGUGGUCAUCUCCUUGAAGCCAGAAACCAAUGAUUUCUUAGAUGAAGAACUUGCUCAGGAAGAGGUGGACUCAGAGACGGCAAAGAGACAGUCUGCUGUAAUUGCACCGCUCCAGCCCAAGGCAUUGUCUCGUACAUCGUCGCAACCAAAAGAAGUCAUCAAGAAAGUGUCAUCCCAUCAUCACUCGGCAACAAACAAAGUAUCACCAACUCAGACUUCACGAAAGCGCAAGGCACCUGGCUCUGUGAUUGGUCAAGUUUUGAAUGUCCAGGAGGAUGAAGACAGUGAUGAACCUUCUAGCUUUGGAAAGAAAGUGGCCAGCACUGUCCUUCCACAAAGAAGACCAACACUCCCUAUGGCCAAGCAGGCCAACACCUCCUUACUGAAGAAGGCUGUAUGUGCUGCAGAAGCUUCUACUAGUCAAGUCCUCUCUACACUGACUAGGAAAGAACCGCCCAAAACCACACAGGCAGGACCAAGACGCAUCAAGAUUGUUAGGAAACUACAGUCAUCAGUUCCAAGAAGAAACCUCUUGAAAGCCGUCAACGAUGCUGCGAAGCAAAGCAUCAAAUCAAGGCUCACUCUUGAAAUGCCAGCACCAGGUCUGGUAUCCCGCUCAAAGAUGAUGGAACUAUCCGAGCGAGAUUAUGACACCCAGGAGUUUAUAACAGUUUCAGACAGCUCAACCUCACAGCAGGUGGAGGAAUAUUAUGCUGACGAUGAGGAGCAAGAUGACAAUGAGGUGCUUGAUACUAGACAAAUCUGCAUGGAAACAGAAAUGCCAUCCCAACCAGUGAUCUAUGUUAUACGAGAUGAGAAUGUAGUGAAGAAGGCGGAGCAGCCUACCUAUACACCAACUCCAGGGGUAGUUGAGAGCAGCCAUAGCGAGACCUCCCCCACCAGACCAGUGAGCCCCAAAUUCAUUGUCACGUUAGAGGGCGCUGUUAAAGCCAACACCAAGCAGAGGAAGUCAGCCAGGGUGGCACCUCGUCUCUCCUCCUUCACCAGGACAAUUGACAACAGCUCCAUGUACGCUGACUUUGUCAACAUGCAGCAGCAGCAGCAGCAGACACAUCAGGCAGAAGAGGAGCAUGCACUGCAGCAGCGGUUGCAGCUAGCGCAGCAGGAAGCCGCUCUACUGCAGCAAAAGAACCAGCUUCUUGAACAGCAUGCUCUGCAGGAGUACUCCAUGGAAGAAGACAUCCACGUCUAUUCCAGACAGACACAUCAUCCUGAAAAAGCGCAAGAAGAAACACAAGAGCAGUUUGAGAAGGAAGCGGUUAGCCCCCUCAAGAAAGAGUUAUCAACCAAUGAACGCUGCUUGUUUUGGCCUGCCUGCAGGAAAGGUAGUGACUGCAUAUACGUUCAUCCAACAACACCUUGCAGGACCUUCCCAAAGUGUAAAUUUGGAGACAAAUGCUUAUUCAUCCAUCCCAACUGCAAGUACGGUGCCCGCUGCAGCAGAACCAACUGUCCGUUCACCCAUGCAACAAGGAAACAAGCUUCUCAGGGUCCAGUCAGCCCCACCCUUAUUGUCGCACCUACACCAGUGCCUCAGAAAGUUGCCAAAGUGUGCAGAUUUCACCCAAACUGCACAAAUGUCAACUGUUCUUUCCUUCACCCAAAGAUGUGUAUGUACGGUCGAGCUUGUACUCGGUCUGGAUGUCUCUUCACUCAUCCCAAAGUGGCAACUGGUGCCGCCCUUAAAUGGACGAAGCAAUCGCAUAUAAGUGAAAGGCAGUUUGCAGCUAAAGGCACACCGAGUUAAACCAGUAUUUUCUACAAAGGUUAUGUCCUGUAUAAAGGCAGUGGUUUUGCUUCUUCUUUUAUUCAAUCAUUUAAGAAAAGGACCACCCAUAUUUGUUUUCCUUCUGUGUACAAAACAGACGGUUAUACAAGACAAAUUAUUGUGUACUUUUAUUGGUUGAUAACUAGUUACUUGAUGUGGUACAAAGGCACGUGUACAUUGUUCAGUGGAAUAUGAAUGACCAAAGCGGUACAUAAUCUUGAUCUUGUCCACCACUGGUCCUUUCCAGUGCCUCAGACACUAGGGGCCGAUUUAAGAGUUGGGACACACGCCCUAACUUAGGACUAGUCCUAACUUAGGACUAGUCCUAGGAGAUAUUGAAAACUUAAAGCUAUUUUCUUGUUGGGAUGAGAGUAUUACUCGUCCUAACCGCAAGAUAAGACAAGUCUUAACUCUUUGUGAAAUCCACCCCAGGUCCUUAAUUAUUGGAUGAAUGUUUUCACCCUGGUGUUAUCUGGUUAGCUGCAGAUCGCACGAUGACACCUUGUAAACAUUACAUGGAUAGAACUUGGCUCCACAUACCUUUUUGACAAAAAUAUACAUGUAAAUAUUUUUUUCAAACAAUUGGAAUUUUUGUACAUGAAAAUCGGUUGAGAUUCAACUUAAGUCAAGUUUGAUGUCGCAGUUAUUUUUAUGACAGCUCUUGUCACAUAGUUGUAAUGAAGCUUCAAGCCCGAAAAGGGACACAUUUUUGUUUACUUUUUAUUCCAUUCCUUCAAAAUAUAUAUAGUUCCUGCAAAGUAUUAUUUCGCGGGAACAAAGUAAUAUUUCAACGAAGCAAUUCGUAUUUCAGGGAACAAAAUAUAAUUUACAGUGGAAUGAGGUUAUAUUUGAAUGGAACAAAUCGUAUUAUUUGGAGGGGAACGAGGUUAUCUUUCGGGGAACAAAACAUUAUUCUGAGGGGUUGAAAUCAAAUUAAAAAACAGCGUCCAUUUUUUGAUGAAGUAAAAAACUGCAAAAAUCAACUUUCAAAAUGUUGAGUUUCUGAUUUAAUCAUUCAUUGUUUAUGUACAUGGCUUUUAUUGACAAGGGUGACAUUACUAUCUUUUUGUAAAAAAAAGGGUAAUUCAAAAGAUUAAAUAGCAAUAUCUAAUAGAAUAGUAAACUUUGACAAAUUUGACAUAGGCCGUUUUUUAAAACAAAGACUUUAGUUCGGGCUUGGGCUUAUUAUAGUCUCUGCUAGUGCGCUUCCUUACGGGCUCUCGACAGGCCAAAGGCCAGUUUCCAAGCUCGAACCGUGAUUUCGAAAAGGCCACAGGGUCUCAAGUGGAGUUCAUGUAAUCAUGUUGCACAACAAGUUAGGUUUGCCAUCGAAAUGCUAUCACUGUGUCCAUUCAUUCACAGUUAUACAAAUUGUCAGAAACUGCAUGCAUUAGUGUUUUUACAAAAUAUUAAAAAUAAUGGGAAAUGUGUAUAAAUGUAUUUUUGUUCAAAAUAAAAGAUGUGUAUGUUGACAAAAACUAUUUGUGUUGAAUCGGGAAUCAAUUUAUUUUUGAAAACCCUUGCAAUCUUAA